AUGAAAGAUGGCGGUGGCACCUCCAAGAUGGGUCAGUAUAGUGUGGACACCCAAUUAGCCAGCCUUGAUGUGGACACCCCAAAACCUCUCUUUAACAGUAAUGAGACGAGCAAUGUGGGCGAGAGACCCCAAAAUCGAGAGUUGGUCUUCGGCAAAAGUUGCCAUGACUUCAGUGGAGCUUCUGCAAAGACACCUGGUAGAUUCGGUAGCUCAUAG